AUGGCCGACGAUGCGGCAUCCCAUCUCCGCUAUAUCCAGUAUGAAAGUGACAAGGAAAACGAAUAUGUCUCCGCAAUGCGCCAAUUGAUAUCCAAAGACCUUUCAGAGCCCUACAACAUCUAUGUCUACCGCUAUUUCCUCUACCAGUGGGGGGACCUCUGCUAUAUGGCAAUGGACGGCAAGGAUAAUCUGAUUGGGGUUGUCAUAUCAAAACUUGAACCACAUCGCGGUGGGCCUCUGCGCGGUUAUAUUGCUAUGUUAGCUGUGCGAGAAGAAUACAGAGGCCAAGGCAUUGCCACGACGCUCGUCGUCCUCGAAACAGAAACAAGCAACACUGCCGCCAUGAAAUUAUACGAGCGUCUAGGGUUCCUACGCAGCAAACGACUCCACCGGUACUACCUCAAUGGCAACUCUGCCUUCCGGCUUGUGCUGUAUCUGAAAGAGGUGUGGGCCUCAUUCGACCGCGUCGAUCCGUACCGGUGUAUCCGGAUGGAUUGCCCACCCAAGAAGGAGGGGAACUCCCAGGGGCAUCACACAAGUUAUGCCAAACCGCAAAUCCCUCGCUUAUUCAACCUCGCUUAUUCAAAAGAUGUAAACGCCGUAAUCCCUUCCUAA